GGCAUUGACUUUUCUGACCCAAAACACAUACUAACACAAUGGAUUUCAAUUUCAACGUUUUGAAAUUUUCAGAACCAAAACACAAUUCUCCAAAUUCGUAAUCACAUUCUCACUAUACAAAUAAUAAACCACUUUGCAAAUCAAACUCCAUUUUUGUUCAUCUAACGAACAAAGAAAAAGAAAUCAAACACAGAUGAAAGAAGUUAGAUUUUCGUGUUUCACUCUUGUGGCAUUGAUCAUCAUGUUCUUGAACCAUGCAGACUCUGAGUCUCAGCUUCUUCAUGAUCAAGAACAUCAAGUUCUAAUGAGGAUCAAGCAUUACCUUCAAGACCCUUCUUUUCUCCGUCACUGGACCCCAUCAAACUCCUCUCAUUGUUCUUGGCCUGAGAUUUCUUGCACCAACGGUUCUGUCACAGGAAUAACUUUGGUUAAUCUUAACAUCAAUCAAACAGUGCCCCCUUUCAUUUGCGAUCUCAAGAACCUCACACUUGUUGAUUUCAGCAACAACUCAAUUCCUGGGGUGUUCCCAAAUUAUCUCUACAAUUGCUCCAAGCUUGAGUAUCUUAAUCUUUCUAUGAACUACUAUGUUGGUGAAAUACCUCAUGAUAUUGAUACUUUGUCCAAUUUGAAGUACCUUAACCUUAGUUAUUCCAAUUUCACCGGUGACAUUCCUUCCAGUGUUGGAAAUUUGAAGGAACUAAGGUUCCUUGCACUGCAAGAUUGUCUAUUCAAUGGUACUCUCCCUGACGAGAUUGGAAACUUGUCUAAUCUCGAAACGUUGGAUUUGUCCAGUAACGAAUUGCUUCCGCCUUCGAGGUUGCCGUUGAGCUGGACCAAGUUGAAUAAGCUGAAAGUGUUUUACAUGUUUGAGUGCAACCUGUUUGAUGAAAUUCCUGAGAGAAUUGGAGAAAUGGUUGCAUUGGAGAAGCUGGAUUUGUCGCAGAACGAAUUAACCGGAGAAAUUCCAAGCAGUUUGUUCUUGCUGAAGAAUCUGAAUGUUGUGUACCUUUGGAAAAACAAGCUUUCUGGGGAGAUACCAUCCAAGAUUGAAGCAUUGAAUCUGACCAACAUUUCGUUAUCAAAUAAUAUGCUUACAGGGAAAAUACCAGAAGAUUUUGGAAAACUCCAAAUGCUAAUGGAAUUCAAAUUGAGCAUGAAUAACUUGUCAGGGGAGAUACCACAAAGCAUAGGGAGUCUUCCAUCUCUAGUCGAUUUUCGUGUCUUCAUGAACAAUCUAUCAGGUACUAUUCCUCCCCAAUUUGGCCGCAACUCCAAGCUUCAAUCCUUUCAAAUUUCAUCCAACAAUUUUAUUGGAAUGCUUCCAGAGAAUUUAUGCUAUUAUGGUGAAUUGCUUACAUUAACUGUUUAUGAAAAUAGCUUGAAUGGUGAGCUGCCAGAGUCACUAGGAAAUUGUAGUACCCUUCAGAACCUGAAAAUUUGGAGCAAUGAAUUUUCUGGUAACAUUCCUAGUGGCCUUUGGAAAUCUCCCAAUUUGGUGAAUUUCAUAGUAAACCAUAAUAGGUUCACUGGUGGAAUCCCUGAGGAAUUGUCACCGAGCAUUUCGCUCUUCGACAUAAGUUACAAUCAGUUUUCUGGUAGAAUUCCGACUGGCGUGUCAUCUUGGACUAAUGUGGUAGAGUUUAUUGCAAGUAAGAACUAUUUGAAUGGAACUAUUCCUCAUGAGUUAACAGAACUUCCCAAGUUAUCAAAACUCUUGCUUGAUCAGAACAACCUCACUGGGCCAAUUCCUUCAGAUAUAGCCUCGUGGAACUCUCUAGUUACUCUAAAUUUGCGCCAUAAUCACUUGUAUGGACAAAUCCCAGAUUCAAUUGAUCCAUUACCUGCACUUCUAGAACUUGACCUCUCAGAGAAUCAAUUCUCUGGCCAUGUUCCUUCUCUGUCUUCAAGACUCACCAAUCUCAAUCUAUCAUCCAAUCAUCUGACUGGGAAAGUUCCAAGUGAAUUUCAGAAUUCUGCAUUCGACACAAGCUUUUUGGACAAUCCUGGCCUUUGCGCUGAUACACCGGUGCUGAACAUUACAUUGUGCAAUUCUGGCUCACAAAAUUCAAGCAAGGACUCAUCAUCUUGGUCCCUUGCCUUGAUCAUAGGCCUUGUUUUAGCAGUCUCAUUACUCGCUAUUGUGGCGUUAUUCUUGGUUAUCAGAUUCAUCAGGAAAAGGAAGAAAGUGGAUAACUCAUGGAAGCUCACUUCAUUCCAAAGGCUGAGCUUCACUGAAUCAGAUAUAGUUUCUUCAAUGACAGAACAUAAUAUCAUUGGCAGUGGAGGAUAUGGUACAGUGUACCGUGUCAAUGUCAAUGGUUUAGGCUUUGUCGCUGUCAAAAAGAUUUCUGGUAACAGAAAGCCAGACCAGAAGCUUGAGAAUUCGUUUCUCUCUGAAGUUAAGAUAUUAAGCAGCAUUCGACAUAGGAACAUUGUGAAAUUGUUAUGCUGCAUCCACAAUGAUGUUUCUAGGCUUCUUGUUUAUGAGUAUAUGGAGCAUAGAAGCCUUGACAAAUGGCUGCACAAGAAGAUCAAGCCAUCAUCAUUAUCUAUUUCAGGUUCAGUCCAACAUCAUCAGGUUGCACUGAAUUGGCCCAAGAGAAUACAAAUAGCCAUUGGUGUUGCACAAGGAUUGAGCUACAUGCACCAUGAUUGCUCCCCGCCCAUUGUUCAUCGCGACGUGAAAACAAGCAACAUACUUUUGGAUUAUCAAUUCAAUGCAAAAGUUGCUGAUUUUGGCCUAGCAAGGAUGUUGAUCAAGCCAGGGGAACUUGCCACCAUGUCAACUGUUGUUGGCUCAUUUGGAUAUCUUGCUCCAGAAUACAUUCAGACCACAAAAGUCAGUGAAAAGAUUGAUGUUUUUAGCUUUGGGGUGAUCCUAUUGGAGCUGACAACAGGUAAAGAAGCUAACUAUGGAGAUGAGCACUCAUCUCUUGCAGAAUGGGCAUGGAAACACAUUCAGUUAGGAAGCAACAUUGAAGAGCUACUUGAUAAAGAAGUCAUGGAACCUAUUUACAUGGAUGAGAUGUGUCAUGUUUUCAAACUUGGUGGGAUGUGCACUUCAAAGCUUCCUGAUUCUAGACCUACCAUGAAGGAGGCAUUGCAAUUAUUGCUACAAAGUGGUGAAUCAUAUUCUUUUGGCGAGAGGAAUAGUGUUGGACAGUGUGAUGCUGUUCCUCUUCUUAGAAAUUCAAAACGUGAGCAUAAAUUGGAUAUUGAUGGUGACAAACUAGCUUGAUUUUGUGAUCAAGGUCAGUAUCAUCUAAGAUAUAUAGGUAUUCAAUCAUAUUAUGUGUACACCAAAAAAAUCUGCUACAUGUAUGCAAAAAUCAAUCAUUAAUGUGUUUGUAUAUAAACACAUAUAUUGUUUAAAUCAUUUUUAAUGUGUAUUUUAUGUUGCAAUAUGUAUUUUACACAUGACAACUGAUUUGGUGAUUGAUUUUUUAUAUACAAGUAACAUGAUUAUUUGAUAUUUUGUUAUUUUUUAAUCUAUCACUUAUUUUUUUAGUAUAUUUUUAGAUUAACAGAUAUGUAUUUAAUUUGUAUUUAAAUACAUUGAUCUACUGAUAUACUAAAUUGGACAGUGAUGAUUAAAAUAGAAGAAAGUAUGACCCAUAAUGGCUUUUUGAUACAGUCCUUAGUUGGUGCCAAUUAUGGAGUUGGAGUCAGUGCCUUGUUAAAAACAUAGAACAUAGAACAUAGCUAUAGGAUAGCAUGGUACAUAUAGAUAUAUCAAUAAGAGGAAAUAAAUCCUGCCGAAACUAAAUAAAAUCCUCUGUGUUGUAUAAUAACAAGAUAUUUAAUGCAGAAAACUUGCUUAUCUUUAUUUCACAGCAGCAGUUUUUAUUAAGGAUA